AUGUCCGAAGUGUUCACAACUGCAUCCACCACCGCAGUUGUCACUGUAGGUUCAUCAUUUCCAUCAUCCACAACAUUACCUCUCGCAUCUGCAACUCCCAGCCAGUUCGUAUAUCCGACAACUUUCGACACUUCGCUAGGGACAAAUUUUACCAACUCGUCAUGUCCCGAGUUUUUCAAGAGCUUCCUUUAUAACGAGGACUUCAUCAACUGCUACCCAAUGUCAUUCUUCCUUCUAAACUCAAAAUCAUACGUAACCAUCGUUAGACAGGGUAUCAGCUCAGUGGAAACCGUUCUCAAUGCAUCCUGUUCAGUCGACUACCAACAGUGUUCUUCAUUAAUGUCAAAUUACAGCAACCAACUCAUUCAAGCUGACAAUUGUUUAAACGACUACAACCUCGAAAACCCCCUGGUAACCCAAGCUUAUAACGAUUUUGUGGCCUACGACGUAAUUCAUGAUGUCAUGUGUCUAAGGCGGGGCCUCAACCAUUCCAAUGCCACCCAGCUGGACAGAGACACUAAAUACUGCUACUCACACGGACUCUUUGACGCUGAUAGCAGCACUGGCGAUGCCUAUCUGUACCUUUUACCACUCGGAAUCCCCUAUCCCAACAUGACAGCACCUUCAUGCUCCCGGUGCACCAAGCGAGUCAUGGACAUAUUCUGGGAGUUUACGGGUGUUGUUCAAAACCAGAUCUCAUACACAUACAAUUCAGCGGCAGGACGCAUUGCCCACAGAUCAAACUGUUCGGCAAACUUUAUUAAUGCUUCUGCCAAGGCACUUCCCAGUCCCUCCGCUACAAAGUCACACUCUGCGGCUGCCACCGUAUCGCCAAGCCUCAUGUUGAUCCUGCUGCUGUUCCCGUUUGUCAUGUCCAUCCUCAUGCUCAACUAG